CCACCAUGGAGGAGUACCACAGGCACUGCGACGAGGUUGGCUUCAAUGCUGAUGAAGCUCACAAUAUUGUGAAGGAGUGUAUAGAUGGGGUCUUGGGUGGUGAAGAUUAUAACCAGAACAACAUCAACCAAUGGACUGCAAGCAUAGUGGAACAAUCCUUAACACAUUUGGUUAAGUUGGGAAAAGCUUAUAAAUAUAUUGUGACCUGUGCAGUGGUCCAGAGGAGUGCCUAUGGCUUUCACACAGCCAGCUCAUGUUUUUGGGACACCACAUCUGAUGGAACCUGUACCGUAAGAUGGGAGAACCGAACCAUGAACUGUAUUGUCAAUGUUUUUGCCAUUGCUAUUGUUCUGUGACAGACUAAAAAUGUUCGGCCAAAGCCAUUAACUUAAGAAUUUGUCAGUGUAUCCUUUCUAAAAAGAGUAGUUACUUAUUAAUGUGUUAGAUGACAAGUGUGCAAUAUGCUUCAAAAGCUAGCAACAAAAACUGAAUAUUAUAAGCAAGCAAUGUCAUAGUAAGUUGGCAGUUUAUCUCAUUCUAUCCGGCAUCAUUUAAAUAGGAAAAAAUUAAUGUUGGCAAAACACAAAAACAAAUACGGCAUGACAUGAAAAUACAAUCUUAUGUUUACACCGGCUUUUCACUAACAUGUACCUAAGAAGAUGGAGAAAUCCAUUCAGAUAAUGAAAUUCUGUUUCAUCUAGGGAAGUUAACAGGAAUAAAUGUAUGGACCCCCCCCCAAAAAAAAAAGCUGCAGAGAUAAAUGUAGAGAAAAUAAUAACUGGCUAACACUUCUUAGUUUUUCAUUUCUUCUCACUCAGUUGUAAACAUCAUUUAGUGGAAAAUAGUUCUGUUCAUUUUUUUCCCUACCAACUAUUAUUGCAGUAGCAACCAUCACUGACUUGUUACUUUUCUGAGAAUUGUCAAGACAGUUUUUAAAAUUCCAGAUUCUUGGAUUUACAUUUGAGGGCCAAAUAAAUCUGGUAACCUGAAUUCCCUAGUUAAACAUAAUUCAUGACUGUGUGAUGAAAAGUACACAACACUGACAGCUGCCUUACAACUGACUCAUUUCAUGUAGAUCUAACAUUUAUGGAAUUCCUAUUAUAAGCAUAUUUUUCUCUUAGCAUUAUAGUUAUCAAUGUACUGUGCAAAUUCUGGCACCUGUUCAGUUGGACAGCUAACAUGUUGGGGGAAGAAAUAAGGAAUUGUUUUACAAGAAGAAAACAAAUCUGGUUAUCCAUGUAGAAGUAAGCAAAAUGAAUAGCACUUAUUGCUGACAGAGAAUUAUAGAUGUCAUUUUAAGCAUUGCUCCUAGCAAGUAAAAAAAAAAUGCAUAAAAUAUGCAACUCUUAGUUAAAGGCCUUACUAGCAGUAUAACUACACAGAUCGUCAGUUUUAUCAUUGCUUUAGUUACAAUCAUCUGUAAAUAAUUUAAAUACUACAUGGGGUUCAAAUUGAGUGGAAUCAAGUAUAGAUUAAAAGUAUACAAUCAUUAGCAGGUUAAUGAAUAUCUCAGGGCUUAUGAAAUGUAGUUAAAUUUAUUAAAAUAAAAGAUGAAAAAUUAGGGUACAUAGCUGGUCACCAAAUAUGAAGUCAAUCUAGUUAUUUAACCUGGAAAAUAAAAUUAAGUUUGCAUAUUACUAAUAAUACUAAUAUGUUUAGAGAGUGGAAUCAUGAUUCAUUGCAUUUUGAGGGGAAAGGCUUAUAUUAGUACUGACAAUAUUAAGAUAGUAGAUAGUAUUCUUGUAGGAAUACUACGUGCAUGUUUGAUAUGUUGCUGAAUAACAGUAAUUGUUUAAUGUUUAAGAAGAAUAUUAAAAUAUGAGGAUAGAGUUUCAUGCAGUGAUCUACAUUUUUGGCACGUCAAAAAUUCUCACAGCCAUUACCUUUAUUUUACUUUGCACUGCUAGCUUUUGUGCCCUUGAAGAUUAUAAUAGUGACCAAAAUAUCUGUGCGGUUAAGGCUUGCUUUUGGUUAUUAUUAUUGAAGCCUGAUUCUAAAGGAAUAAUAAUCAAAUAUACCU